AUUGGUAAAAUAACACAUGUGUCUUUGGUUACAUCUUGUUACACCGCGUUCUUUCUUUCUGCUUUCGCAGUUGCAGAAUAACAGGCUUUCAUCAGCAAGUGUUUUUGAGGGAACAGUUUUUAUUUAAGGUGGACAUUUUGAUAAUUGUGCAUUUCGCUAAACAAGAUAUUUAGAGAAUGCUUGGGGUGUGAUAUUGAUAUAAAAACUUGUGAAAAGUCAAAGAUUCACCAUAAUACAGUCUACGUUAUAGGUUGUUGAUAAAGAAAUGGAAAUGUCUGCUUAUCAGUCCAUCGUAGAUUAUUACGCUGGUAAAUCUCUGUUCAUCACUGGAGGAACUGGUUUCCUAGGCAAAGUUCUGGUGGAAAAGUUACUUCGCAGCUGUCCUGAUAUAAAGAAGAUAUAUUUGUUAGUCCGACCGAAAGGCGAUGUCAGCAGCAAGGAGAGAGUAGAGAAAAUUCUUGAUUCUGAGCUUUUUUCAAGAGUCCCCGAAGUCAACCCCGGAUACAAAGAAGUCGUCCAUGUCGUUGAUGGGGACAUGUCAAAGCCUUUUCUCGGAUUAUCCAAAUAUGACCAGAACUUGCUUCAUGAAACUGUUGAGAUUGUCUUUCAUUCCGCUGCAACUGUGAGGUUUGACGAAGAACUAAGGCUUGCUUUAACGUUGAACGUUGUUGGUUUAGAAAAUGUUUUGGAACUUUGCCGAAAUGUGAAGAAACUAGAGGCUUUCAUACAUGUGUCUACGGCAUAUUCAAAUUGCAACGAAGAUGUUAUUGAAGAAAAAUUCUAUCCACCAUCUGUCGAUGUUAAGAACGUCUUGGAGAUAGCAAACUGGAUGAAUGAUCAAAUGUUAAAUGAGGUGACUCCAGCACUUCUUGAAAAACGCCCAAACACAUACACCUUCACAAAAUCACUGGCAGAGUCGCUGUUGUUCAAACAUGGACAUGGUCUACCCAUUGCUGUCUUUCGUCCAUCAAUUGUCGGAGCUUCUCUGAAAGAACCAAUGCCUGGUUGGGUUGAUAAUUUCAAUGGACCAAGUGGUUUAUUUGUAGCCGUCGGUAAAGGUGUUUUACGUUCAAUGAUCGGUGACGUUAAUGCCGUGGCUGAUGUCAUUCCAGUUGAUGUUGCGGUCAACAUGUUGGCGUGUGUGGGAUGGUACGCUGGAACGAAACGACCCCAAAGUAUCCCAAUAUUUCAUUGCACGACUGGUUCUACCAAUCCAGUUACAUGGGGAGAAAUGAAGAGUAUUGUUACGCCAUACCUUUGGGAAUAUCCUUUUGAGAAAGCAUUCAGAAGACCAAAUUUUUCAUUUGAAGCCAAAGAACUUGUAUUUACCUACUGGACGUACAUCAGUCACAGAAUUCCCGCCUGGAUUGCGGAUAUUCUUGCUAAGUUUGUUGGCCAGAAACCAAGGAUGCAAAAGAACUACGUCAAGCUAGAAAAGGCGAUGUCAACACUGGAAUAUUUUACAAAAAGAGGAUGGACGUUCAAACCGCAAAAUUAUAAUAUGCUGUUGUCAGAGCUUCAAGGACGUGAUAUUCAGGAGUUUUCGUUUGAUGUUCGUCGUAUAGAGUGGCACAUUUACUUUAGAGAUUUUGUUAUUGGUAUUAAGAAGUAUCUAUUAAAAGAGAAUCCUUCUGAUCUUUCAGCGGCUAAAAAAAGAUUCAAAAGAUUACGUAACGUGAGGUGGACAACGUACUUUGUGUCAGGGGUCCUUAUGUGGACAGUCAUGGUAAAAAAAAUACCCUCAAUUCGCUCCCUCUGGUAUCUAUGCCUGGAUUAUGCGUUCAAGAUGUUCACGAGGCUUGAAAAACUUGGUUUCAGAUUAUAGAUGAAUUAUGGAUUAGAAUUUAGCGACAAUAGAUGUCGGAUACCUGGAUUAUGCGUUCAAUAUUAUAUUUGAGAUUAUAGAUGAAUUAUAGAUUAGAAUUAAGCGACAAAUAGAUGUUGAAAAGUAUUUCAUACUUUACUAUAGAUGACUUGACUUAUCUCAAUAUUCGUAUAGAAAAUUUUGUACCUACCAUUAUUAAGCAUUAAACUAGUAGA